AUGUUAAUAAAAAACUCUCUAUAUGCAAGAUAUACAGUGGAUGUUGUUGACAAGUCUAACGAGGAUAUACUAUGGGUGAGAUUUAGGAACAACAUCGACAGAGACCUUUACCUUUGUGUAUGUUACCUUCCUCCAGAAGGAACUACACGACCCGUGGACAGUGAUAAAUUCUAUGGCACAUUGUUAGAAAACGUAUAUUCGUUCCAGAAUUUGGGAUCCGUGUGUAUAAUGGGGGACUUCAAUGCCAGAACUGGUGAUCUCUCGGACUAUAUUGAGGGAGUGGAUGUUGUUACUCCCCGGGCACAUAUAGACGACGGCGAGAACCGUCUUGGUGUAGCGUUCAUCGACUUUUUAGUUGACACCAACAUGUGUAUGUUAAAUGGGAGACUAGGAUCAAAUGAUAACUUCACGCAUGUGUCCACUAGAGGUCGGUCCGUUGUUGACUAUGUCGUGGUGCCACACGAACAGUAUACGCAAUACACAGAUUUUAAAGUACACAUUAUGUCCUCUGUGAUAAAUCAAAUACCCAAUUUGGUGGCAGACAGCGCAUCGGAUCACUCCAUUUUAGAAUGGGUAAUGUGUACAUGCAAUUCCACUUCCGGAACUAUCGAGGAACCGGGCCUUGAGCGUAAACGUCAUAUUAUGUCUACAACGCCACACGACUUUUUACAAGAUGACGCGACGCGGGAUCUCAUCCAAGCAACGAUCGACAAAAUCGACAACGAUCUCCAUACAUCGAACGAUGUCAACUCAGCCUAUGCGGAUUUUAUUGCCCUUGUGUCCGGUGAAAUGGAUAAAAGAAUUAAAGUAAGCUGCUCGUCAGGCAACCGUCGUCCGGGUGGUAAAUCUAGAGCGAAGCCUUACUGGAAUACGGAGUUACAGCAACAGUGGGAUAUAGUGUGUAAAUGUGAAAAGGAAUGGCUUUGUUGUAAACAUAGCAAUUCUAAUAAAAGGCGGCUAAAGGAAGUGUAUUGUAGUGAAAGAUCAACAUUUGAUCGUUUAAAUAGAAAAGCCAAACGUCGGUACCAACUAAGUGAGCAAGCAAAACUACAUGAUUUACAUAAAACCAACUCCGGUGAAAUGUGGCGGGAAAUAGGAAAGCUUGGCAUGGCCAAUAAUAGAAUGUCUAAAAUUCCAAUGGAAGUGGUCAUUGACGGAAGUGUAAUUUGUGACGUUCCGGGUGUCCUCCGAUGUUGGAAGUCUAAAUAUGAGUCGCUCUACAAUGCGACGCCUGUUGAUUCUGGUUUUGAUGAUGUACAUUUGGAUAACGUAAAUCGUCAGUUACAGGAGCAUAAUUUUCAAAGUAAUAUUGAUAUAUCUAUGUUAAACAUUCCAAUUAAUUAUGAGGAAGUUCGAAGCGCGGUUUUUCGAGCAAACCUCAGGAAAUCCAUCGGUGCAGAUUGUAUCCCAGCGGAGGUCCUUCGUAACAAAGCCUGUGUUGAUAUGUUGUUCAAAAUAUUUUCAUAUUGUUUUGAGCGCAGUGUUAUUCCUUCGGAAUGGUCAAAGUCUAUUAUUAAUCCAAUCCCGAAACCGGAUACGCAGGAUGCCAGGGAUCCAUUGAGCUACAGAGGAUUAUCGAUAUUGUCUAUUCCCAGUAAAAUUUACACCGAUAUUCUUGGAGUACGGCUCAACAAUUGGUUAGAGCGAAAUAACGUCAUUUCCGAUGAACAAAAUGGUUUUAGAAGAAAGCGGAGCUGUUUGGAUCAUUUACACUCCUUGUAUAGUAUCGUCAAUAACCGUAAAUUAUCUAAACUUUCGACAUUCGUGUGUUUUGUCGACGCGAGGAAAGCUUUUGACACUGUAAACCAAAAAUGUCUUUGGUUCAAGCUGCUAUCCAUUGGUGUUUCCGGAAAAAUGUUGGGAGCAGUACAAGCCUUGUAUCGUGAUGUUAAAUGUGCAGUGAGACUUAAUAACCACCUAUCGGAAUGGUUCACUGUGUCACAAGGG